AUGUGGCAUCACCAGGUGCAGUUGUGGUUUCGGUUUCUACUUGGACGAUUCACCACAUUCACCGACAGUUCAGACUACUUCGGUCUGUACAAAACGCUGGCAACGAUAUCGGCCAUUCACUACGAUGCGUCUUGCUGGUUCGAUCGAGCGAUCUGGAUCGUCUACCGAUCGCUGCCAAUCUUGGUGAACAUCUCCUACUUCUACAAAGCCUAUCGGCUCAUCCUGUUCCCCGAAGACAACACCUCAGCCGCCAGCGUUAUCGCAUCAGUGUGGGGCUUUACCGAAGGAACGCUACGCAUUUGUCUCAUAGAGCUGCGGUAUGGCACGCUGGCUAGCAUUAUGUCGUUCCUGAACGAGCGAUCGUACCGGCAGCAAGAUUCGCUGGUGCGUCAGCAACGUGCCACCCUGUUCGGCGAGAACAACCGCAUCCAGCUCAUUCUCGUCGCCACAAUGCUGAUGGAAGCGAUCUGGUUCAUGACGACGCAGCUCUUCAGCCGGGAUGCCUUUAUGCUGCAAGUGAACGGACACGUGGUGGACAGCAUAGCGGUUCAAAUACUUUACGGCCUGCUGUCGAACGUGUGGGGCCUAAUCUAUGUGCUUUCCUUUGCCAUAUUCUACAUCAUCAUGAACACACUGCAUCUGGAAAUGAGCAUUCUGCUGGACGGCAUUACAAGUGUACAGUUCACGGUUAUGCGUCGGUUGAAGCAACGAAUGGAAACGCUAGCGGCGUCCGGACAUUCCUCAACUCAAGUUUUCUGGAGUAUUCUACAGCCGGAGCUGAACAGCCACAUCUCACGGCACGUUGAUCUCCUUGACAACCUCAAAGAGUUCAGCUCUAUUGUGGGCCCAUUUUCCUUCGUACAGUACUAUGGUACCUUGGCGCUGAUUGCCGACUGUGGAUUCAUUCUUUCCAUAGAGGGUCUGUCGGCGAACGGUAUGAUCUACCUGCUGUUCGUUACCGUGUUAGUGUUUCAAUCGUUCAUCCUGUGUCGCGGAAUCGAGAAGUUAAAUGAUCUGAACGAAGCCAUUGGACAAGCCCUGUAUAGCGGGUUUGACUGGCCCGACAUGCUUCAAUACGAUCAACGCUUUCGCCGCCAGUACGUAACCGUGCGGCAUACGUUAAUGCUCGUUAUUGGCCGCUCCCAGAAAGGAUUCCAGUGUUCGUACGGAGGCCUCGGCAGCAUCUCCAUGGAACGAUUCGCCCAGCUCAUGCAGAAAAGCUACUCGUUGUUAACGAUUUUACUUCAGUUCGCCAAGUAAAAGCUACAAACAUGGGAACGCAUCCAGCCACAACAACUAGAACAAAUCACUAUGCUGCACUAUAAAUGAAAACACAUCUAUUAGUAAUCGUUGCUAGCGUUGGUGCACAACAAAGCACACACGUUAGAGAUUCGUACGUUCUUCAAAGAUUUUCAGAACCGAACCUAUAGGUAAUUGGUGACCAAUCUCACUGUACUACUACAUCACACUGCCCACAUUGCAUUAGUUGCUGGUUUGUACAAACACAGCUGAUACUGAUACACGUUUACUUAAAUGCUAGCCAGCUCGAGCCGGCCUUCGAACACCAUGCUUUAUAAACAAACCCAGUAGAUGAAUGUUGUAGUGCACUUAUCGAUCGGUGUGACACUCCAUGUGUCACUCAUUUUUAAAGCACACCGCAGAAUAUAUAACGCUAUACACCUCCACAUACCUAAAAAGAAAGAAAAACAAUAAAAAAAACUUUAGUUUUGCACUCUUGCACGAAAGAAGCCAUUUUAUUACAUUU